AUGGAAGCUACAGAGUCCGUCAUGGAUGACAGGCCGAAUAGAUUUCCGCUGACGAAUGAAUGUCAUCACUAUACCCGCCGCCAGGAUGUAGACUGGGACAUUCAGAAAUAUUGGGCUCAACGCUACAGCAUUUGGUCGUUAUACGAUGAAGGUAUCCACAUGACAGACGAUGCUUGGUUCGGUGUCACUCCAGAGCCCAUUGCAAACAAAGUGGCAGAAGAUCUUCGUGGACUUGUACCUUCUUCGAAAUCCGUCUUAAUCGAUAUGUUCGCGGGUGCAGGUGGAAAUGUGAUCGCCUUUGCCUUAUCAGAGCAAUGGUCAACUAUCAUUGCUAUCGAAAAAGACCCCUCAGUUAUUGCAUGCGCUCAGCAUAAUGCUGAAAUCUACGGCGUCGUUGAUCAGAUCACUUGGAUCAACGACGAUUCUUUCUCUUAUUUAUCCAACAAUCUGUCGUCGAUCGAUCCGACGAAGACAGUUGUGUUUGCUUCACCACCAUGGGGAGGCCCAGGUUAUACCUCUGACGAGAUCUUCAACCUGCACACCAUGGCACCAUAUUCAAUCAAGCAAAUUCACGAAGCUUGUAAGGGCAUAUAUUCUGCACUGUUCCUGCCAAGAACCAGCGAUCUAAGGCAAAUUGCGAAGUUGGCCCCAGAAGGCAAGAAAGUUGAAGUAGUUCAAUAUUGUAUGGAAGGAGCGAGCAAAGCUUUGGUGGCUUACAUACCCGCAGCGGUAUGA